AUGGGUCAGGUGUUGGGGUUGACUUGAAAAAAUAACGAAACCAAUAUAUCUGAGCAUUGAACCAUGCUGUAACAAAACGGAUCUUUCCAGACGUCCGUUAGAAAAUGGGGUAUCAUUUGAAAAUUGGACGAAAAUCAGAAGAUAUGGGUGAAGAGGUCCACAAGGACCAAACUUCUAGAAACAGGAUUCAAAAGCAAAAGAAAGAGAGACUAAAAAGUUAUAAUGAACAGAUGUGGGCGAAGUGGGUAAAACACGGCCACAGACGUUUUUGUACAAGAAAUGCAGAGCAGGAAAAACGUAUGCGAGUGUUGUACUCCAGACUCCUAGAAUCGCUUUUGUGCCCAUGUAAAGACGAUUUCAAACACCGGAAAUGCAAAAAAUAGGCUCCUAAAAGUUAACCAAGAUAAUCUCCGCUGGCUCCAGUCUGGCAUAUAGGAAAAGCGACACUUUGAAGUUCCCCUGUAUAGAAUG